AUGUCGACAGACCCGAACAUAGAUGUUGUCAAUAUUGGGCCGCUGCUUGCGGCGGCCUGCGAGCAACUCGAGGUCGGCGAGAUGGUGCAGAGCAGCACGUUCAGCCUAUUUGAGGCCAUGAGCGCCGUGGAGGUCGGAAACCCCAAGAUGGACGCCGGGGCGCGGCCAAAGGUCGACAAGGUGCCACUGCAGGAGCGACCGUUGCCGCUCGACCUCAGCAAAGCGCAGCUGGUAUCCUGGAUGGACCACCUGCUCGCGCUCGAGGCCACUUGGCACGUCGGCGGCGCGCUGGCGCAGACUGUGUACAGCUCGCUGCACAUGAUGCAGAUACCCAGGCUCGCUACCAACCCCACGAUGGCCGCCUACGCGCGCGUGCUGCAAGCGCUGUGCCAGGAGGUCAAUGCUCUAGUGCUGCAGGGCUGCGUCUGUGAGGAGGAGGACUUCAUGUGCCACUCAACAGGGCUGCCGCUGGAGGAGGACGCGGAAGCCGCGGAGAAGCUGCUGGCAGCGCUGGCACUGGCAGCGGACGCACAUGAUGCGCGCUCGUCGGGGGCCAAGGCGGCCGACGACCUGGACGCCCGGCUGUCUGCUGCGCUGCUCAGCCGCCUGCAGCUGCGCAAGCUGCUGUACCAGGCGGUGGUGCGCAUCCGCCAGCGCAGCAAGCAGGACCUGGACGCAGCCCACAAGCUGUUGGUCAAGGCGGCCAGCGAGCUGGCGGCGGCGCGUUCUGGAGCUGGGUUGGGGGCAGUUGCGGGAGAGGGAAGCGAGGAGGCCUGGGCUGCCCUAGGGUUUGACCCGGCGCUCAACAGCCACCUGGCGCCGCCGUCGCCGCCGCGUGUGGUCAAGGCCGUGACCCGUGACGAGGCCUUCUCUUAUUUCGAGUCGCUCAUUGAACAGCUCAUGCGCGCCUGCCGCGUCACGUCAGUGAGCGACUUCCCGACCCUGGAGCAGUUUGUCACAGCCUUCAGCGCCGCCCGCCCCUGCGCCGUCGCGCGCGCCGCCCUGCACUUCCAGCUCGCCCAGCAGGCCACCCUCGACCAGGCCGCCGCCGCCGCGGGCGCGCCGCCUGCGCCGCCGCCGAUGACCGCCGCGCAGCAGCCGUGGGCGCCGUCACCGCAGAUGCUGCGCGCCGCGACGAGCUGCCUGGCGCCGGGCGCGGAGCUGGGGGACGACGCGGAGCUCUUCACGGAGCAGGCGCUCAUCGCGGUGGGCAACUGGGUGCAGGCCGUCCUGCUCAACCCCGCGCGCCACCGGCGGCGCCUGCGGCGCGGGCUGGAGGACUGGUGCCACCUGUACCAGCACGCGGUCAACGCGGACUGCAGCGAGGCGUUUGGCUCGGCCGCGACCGCGGCCGGCUGGGGGUGGCGCGGGGCAGCCGAGUACCCGGGGCCGCUGGGGCCGCUGAGCGCGUGGGUUGAGCGGCAGACGGCGCGGGUGGUGGCGGCGCACCUGUUGAUGGGGUUUGAGCUGGAGCUGUACGAGCCGCGCGACUACGCCAUGCUGUACUGGUACAUGGACUACCUGAAUGGUGUCAUAGAGCACGACAGCCGCCUGCUUGCGUCCUCGCGCCCCAGCCCCGAGGCCGCCGCCAAGGCCGCCACGGCAGGCACCAAGGGCAAACGGCUGCAGGGCAAGGGCCCAAAAGGCCUCGCGGCGCCCAAGGGCCUUGGCAGCAGCACCAGCAGCGGCACCAGCGGCGGGACCGGCGGCGGCACACAGGCGGCGGCGGCGGUGGUGCCGAGCUUGGCGGCGGUGCGGGCUGCGUUUGCAUCGGACCAGAUGCAGAUCGCGCAGGCGGGGGCUACGCGGCAGCUGUGCCAGGGCAUGAUGCACAUGUGCGUCGCGCUUUCCGCGGCCGGCGUGAUGGCGCAGCCGCCGCUGCCGUUUAACGGGCAGCGGGAGCGGUUCGAGCAGCGGUUCGGGUCCCUGCACAUCCUGACGCGGCCGGAGCCGCUGGGGUACGAGCAGUACGCAGCGUCGGUGGACAUGAAGGGUGCUUCACCCUCAGCGGUGCUGGGCGCUGCGAGCGCCUCUCUGGCCAAGGCCUCGCAAAUGUUCAAGGCGCUGGCGCUGGUGUGGCACCCGGAUCAUGGCAAAGACGACGCGCACGCCAGGGAUUGCGGUGCCCUGGAGCGCGCGGCGGCGCAGAACCGCCUUGCCUGCAUGGUUGCAGAGCGCGCGGCGGCGGCGGGGACACUGCGUGACGCAGCGGUUGCCCCUCAGCAGCAGCAGCAGCAGCAGCAGCAGCAGCAGCAGUCACUGCAGCAG